ACCAGUCGCAAUGAAUCUAUUCGUAAUGAGACCAGUCGCAAUGAGUCUAUUCGUAAUGAGACCGGCCGCAAUGAAUCUGUUCAUAAUGAGAUCAGCCGCAAUGAGUCUAUUCGUAAUGAGACCAGUCGCAGUGAGUCUAUUCGUAAUGAGACCGGCCGCAAUGAAUCUGUUCAUAAUGAGACCAGCCGCAAUGAGUCUAUUCGUAAUGAGACCAGCCGCAAUGAGUCUAUUCGUAAUGAGACUGGCAACAAUGAAUCUGUUCGUAAUGAGACCGGCCGCAAUGAAUCUGUUCGUAAUGAGAUCAGUCGCAAUGAGUCUAUUCGUAAUGAGACCAGCCGCAACGAAUCUGUUCGUAAAGAAACUAGUCGCAAUGAAUCUAUUCGUGAUGAGAUCAGUCGCAAUGAGUCUAUUCGUAAUGAGACCAGCCGCAACGAAUCUGUUCGUAAAGAAACUAUUCGCAAUGAAUCUAUUCGUGAUGAGACCGACCGAAAUGAAUCUGUUCGUAAAGAGAUCAGACAAAAUGAACAUGUUCAUAAUGAGAUAAGUCGAAAUGAGUCUGUCCAUAAUGAGACCAGUCGCAAUGAAUCAACUCGUGGAGAGAUUAGUCGCAAUGAAUCUACCUGUAAUGAGAUUAGUCGCAAUGAAUCAGCUCGUGGAGAGAUUAGUCGCAAUGAAUCAACUCGUGGAGAGAUUAGUCGCAAUGAAUCAGCUCGUGGAGAGAUUAGUCGCAAUGAAUCAGCUCGUGGAGAGAUUAGUCGCAAUGAAUCAGCUCGUGGAGAGAUUGGUCGCAAUGAAUCAGCUCGUGGUGAGAUUGAUCGCAAUGAAUCUGCUCGUUAUGAGAUUGGUUGCAAUGAAUCUGCUCGUUAUGAGAUUAUUCGCAAUGAAUCUGCUCGUGGUGAGAUUGGUCGCAAUGAAUCUGUUCGUUAUGAGAUUGGUUGCAAUGAAUCUGCUCGUAAUGAGAUUAUUCGCAAUGAGAUCAAUCACUAUGAGAUUAGUCGUAAUAAAACUAACCGCAAUAACAAAUUCGUUGUAACUCGCCGUCCAUGUCCUUUAGUUGAAGAAAAAAAAUAUGUAGAAUUAACUCGAAAACGAAUGAGGUCGACAACUGAACAAGAAUGGACUUUUCACCGUGAGCGUAAUUUACAUUCGCCUUACCGAAAAAAUAACGCUAGAUUCCUCCGAAAGAAUGGAAAACCUGCACGUCAAAAAGAUCCUCAAAACGAUCCACUUUAUUUUCAUCAUUUUUAUCAAGACAGCCCUGAAAAUGAUUUUUAUCAUGACGUCCUCAAAAAUAGUUUUUAUCAUGAUGUCCCCGAGCAUAGUUUUUACCAUGAUGUCCCCGAAAAUAGUUUCUAUCAUGACGUCCCCGAGCAUCGUUUUUAUCAUGACGUCCCCGAGAAUAAUUUUUAUCAAGACAGUCCAGAUAAUAACUUUUAUCAAGACAGCUCCGAUAAUAGUUCCUAUUCACCACGCUGGAAAUAUGAGAAAAAUUUACGGUCUAAUAACAAACGUGAAGGUCAUAUUCACAACUUAUCUUAUGAUAAUCAAGAACGCAUAAAUUUUUCUUUCAAACGUGAUGGAAAAAAACCAUCUAUUAGUGACCGUCUUGGAAAAAUAGAUCGACGUGUAGAUGUAGAAUAUAUUGAUGAACGUGUUAAAAAGUUUCCGAGGUUUACAAAUAAAAGAAGAUAUGACAUUCUAUCGGUUGGUCAAGAAAGAGAAGUCCAAGCUCCUGGACGAGAAGAGAAUCGAAAUAAAAGACACAUGAGUCCUCGGAUGGAUUUUCGUAGAAGAGAAUCCGCACCCAAUCAAAAUAAUAAUCGAUUUCCUAGAAGAUGGUAA